GAUAGAUAGAUAGAUAGAUAGAUAGAUAGAUAGAUAGAUAGAUAGAUAGAUAGAUAGAUAGAUAGAUAGAUAGAUAUGACUGAGACGGUUGAAGGACUACAAUGACGGCAGACACUCUUGAACAGGGACACCUGUAAUCCUCAGAGGGUCAUUAUGGGACUGGACCGAGCCGGUACCACUCCACCCAUCGGUUUACCAGCCGUGGAGAACUCCAACUCUUCAGCCACGURCUCGCUCCCCUCGGCGUCCUGCAGCAUCGACGAGUCCUACAAGUACGUCUUCCUGCCCGUCUGCUACUCCCUCACCUUCCUCUUCAGCCUGACCCUGAACUCGGUGGUCCUUCUUCGGUCGUGCCGGUCCAACGGCGGCGGGCGACGAUGGAACACCUCCCUGAUCUACAUGGUGAACCUGGCCACCACUGACCUGAUGUACGGCCUGUCCCUGCCCUUCCUGGUGGCCAGCUACGUCCUGAGGGACCGCUGGGUCUUCGGGGACUUCAUGUGUCGUCUCGUUCGGUUCCUCUUCUACUUCAACCUGUACUGCUCCAUCUUCUUCCUGACGUGCAUCUCCGUGCACAGGUACCUGGGGAUCUGUCAUCCCAUGAGGACCAUCACUCUGGAGAGCAAGCGGGUGGUGAAGUGGACCUGUGCCCUGGUGUGGGUCGUGGUCUUCGUGCUCACCUGUCCCAUCUUCAGGUUCGCUCAGACAGGUUGCGUCAUGAGAGGAGGCUUGGGGGCUGCGGGGUCCGAGGGGAUGAUGGUUUGUGGGAACCGGACCAGGGAACUGUACGGGGACUGGUACAUGAACUGCUGGGAUGACGCCAUCGAUAAGGAGUUCGCAGAGUAUGUCCCGUACGGCAUCGUCCUCCACGUGCUGGGCUUCUUUGUCCCCUUCGUCAUCAUCGCCUGGUGCUACUCUCACGUGGUUCGCACCAUAUUUCAGACCCUGCGGUCUCCGCCCAGUUCRGUUGAGGGCGGGGACGACGGUCCGGUCGGAGACGGAGCGGCAGAAGGWGGUCGGGACCGGGAGAGGACUUCAGUCUCCAUCUCUGGAUCCCAGUACUCGCACUACAUCCGACGACGGCGAAAAUCCAUCAAGACCAUCGUGACCAUCACGCUGCUGUUCGCGCUCUGCUUCCUGCCCUUCCACGUGACCCGGACGCUCUUCCUGCUGCUGCGGCGAGGCCAGCUGGGCGGCUGCAACGCCAUGAAGGCCGUCUCCAUUUGCUACAAGGUGACCAGGCCGCUGGCGUCCUGCAACGCCUGGCUCAACGCCCUGCUGUACUUCCUGACCGGAGACAAGGGCGCCCCCUGCUGCUGGGCAGCGGAACGGACCGUCCACCGAGACCGGCGCAGCGGCUCCCUCUGGUGGCCGCUGACGAUUCUGAGGAAGGACGGAGCGGGAGAGGACGACCAGGAGGCGGACGAGAAGGUGGAGAGGGAACUGAACAUGGAGGACGAAUCCAAGUCUUCACGGGUCGUCUUUUAGGUUCCUGUUCAACAGAACCUCUACAGAACCUCUACAGAACCUCAUCAGUGGUGUUGAGUGUUUUCAUCUAAACUGGAUGAAAAUUAAAAAAAGUUUUGACGCUGGCUGCAUCAAACUGAACAAACUGGAAAACACCACACUUCGUGUAAAAACUGCUGAAAAAUAAAAGAUUAGUUUUUGUUCCAUUUAUCCAGGUCGACUCUGGUCCGCAGAUUAUUUCUUUUGUAUUUUUUCAUUGUAGUGUUUAAGUCUUUAUGGAUGUUAAAUUAACAUGUGAUUAAUCAACUACAUUAAAAAAUUUUAAAUACUUGAAAUGUUUACUUUAAAUAAGUUGAUAAAAAGCAAAUCAAACUUUAARUUUUGACCUUAUAAGAGAGAUUUAAGACGUUGACUUUCUUAUAAAUAAAUUAAUACAAACAA